AUGAGUCGAAUAAGUCGUAUUCAUGGUGACGGAGACGCAAUAGAUGAUGAAGAGGAGUUUGAUCUGUCACUACUGGGAGACUGUGAUGAUAUUAUUCGCUACCUUUGCAACCAAGCUGGAUGGCAUCUUGAUGUAAAGGCGAAGAAGAAAAAGCUCUUGAGUCUUAGUAGGCAAGUCAUUUCGCAUCAGUAUUCCUCUGGCAAGCGAGUAUUUUGUUUUGGGGAGUGCCAGUGUAAAAACAAACUUUCUGCCGAUAUUAAUGACGACGAAGUCGAGGAAGGAUACGAAGAGGAGGACAAUGACGAAGAAGGAGAACUUGAAGACGAUAUCGUGUGUAAUCGGUGCGAGGAGCGUAUCGAUACGAACGCGGAUCCCGGUUCGAGCAGCAAGACUAUUCACUACCGCUGCAAUGAUUGCUUCGACUAUGAUUUGUGCGGAGAUUGCUAUCCGAAAAGGAGAUGCAAGCACAAGGGGGGAAGACACAAGUUCACGCAGCGCUUAUAA